AUGCUCUUCCGCUCUCUCGCUUUCGUAGCCGCGACCACGCUCCUCUUGCAGCCCGGUGUCGCACAGCGCUCGACGCAGUGCGGGUCGUUGUGCACGCAACAAAUCAUCGUCGCCCAGCAAUCCUAUGAGAUCUGUAACGACGGCCUGCUGCACCAGCUCGCUGCGUGCAAUGAGUGCCAGGCGAUUGUCGACGCGGGGCAGACCGUCGACGCUACCAACUCCAAUACACAGAAGCUCAUCGACAGCCUGAUCUCCACCUGCAACAAGCAGAACACCACACUCACCCUCACCACCUUCAAAGUCGACGGGCUCUUCAAGGGCCUGCCCUCGCCCUCGGGCAAUCCCGUGUCUAACACCGCAACGGGUCCCGCCCCAGCGCGCACGAACCCGAACGCGAAGCCUAAUGCUGCGGCCAGGACUGGCGCUGGAUUGAUGGCGGCGGGAGCCUGUGCGGGCGUGUUGUUGUGGAGCUUGGUGUAA